GUAAUGUUUAAAUAUAAGUAUUUAUAAUUUUAUUUGUAAUAUUGACCGGCAUGAACCCGCACAAACCCGUUAUAUUCCAAACUUUAGCAUCAUUCAUUCUCUUUUGCCAUUUAUGAUAUUAAUCAAACCAAAACUAUAGACGCCACGCCACACGCCAGUUUCGUUUCCGUAGCAUCUCUGUUUUCUUUUCCCCCAAUUUUUGAAGCAGCGCAGUAGCGAAUUGAUCAAAAGCAAAUCCGGGCGAUGGCGGCGAGCGACAACGAGCCAGCCAAGCUUCUGCUGCCGUACCUGCAACGAGCCGAUGAGCUGCAAAAGCACGAACCCCUCGUCGCUUACUACUGCCGAUUGUAUGCGAUGGAAAGGGGACUGAGAAUUCCUCAGAAGGAUCGCACUAAGACCACCAAUUCUCUGCUUGUUUCCCUCAUGAGCCAGCUCGAGAAGGAUAAGAAGACGGUGAAGUUAGGACCCGAGGAUAACUAUUAUUUGGAGGGUUUCGCCCAAAAUGUCUUUUCAAAGGCUGAUAAACAAGAUCGUGCAGGACGAGCUGACUUGAACACAGCGAAGACAUUUUAUGCAGCAAGCAUUUUCUUUGAGAUUAUUAAUCAGUUUGGGCCUCUCCAGGCUGAACUUGAACAGAAGCAGAAGUAUGCAGUUUGGAAGGCUGCAGACAUAAGGAAGGCAUUGAAAGAGGGAAGGACACCCAAUCCAGGCCCUCCUGUUGACGAUGAAGAUAUGGCGGAUCCAUCUAGUGGAUUUACCAAUGGGAAUGAUGUCGGACAAGUGGAAACUUCAACUACCACAAUGCAAUCAUCAGAGUCCGAUCCAUCAUCCCAAUUCCAUGAUCAAGGUGGCAGCGGCCAUUCAGCAGACUUUCCACAAUCGUCUCAGUUCCACGAUCAUCCUAACCACCACCAACAUCCUUCUCAGUUCAUGCCACAAUCACCACCUCAGUCAUAUGAUUCAAUGGACAGGGAGCAGCAUUCAGCGCGGGCUCAAUCUCAUCCUCCCCAAUCAUAUGACUCAUUCAACAGCCAGCAUUCCGGCGUAAACAUCAUGCCUUCACCUCCACCUUAUACUGGUGCUGCUGGCUACUCCCAAGAUUUUAAUCCGUCAGAGAACCCCACCUAUUCUCAGCCUCACCACCAUGUGCCACAGAACUACCCAUCAUCUCAUGAUAAUCCCUCAUCCUACUCUUACCCAAACUUCCAGUCGUAUCCAAGCUUCGCAGACACCAGCAUCCCAUCCGUGCUCCCGUCUGUGCCAUCCCACUACCCUUCUUACUACCAACAGCAAGGGUCCUCCGAUUCCUCCGCGUACAGUUCUCAGUCGGCUCCACCACCUGCUACAAGUUAUCAUCCUCCACCUCCACCAGCGCUGCAGCAGCAGCAGCAUGGCAGUUCAAGCAGUAGGAUGAGCUCCGCCGCGGAUGCAUCCAUCCCAACUUCUGCCGCAGCAGCAGCAGCAGCAGCAGCAACGUACCAGUACGACAGCAGCUACCAGCCUCCACCUGAGAAAAUCGUCGAGGCACAUAAAGCGGCACGAUUUGCAGUUGGAGCCCUGGCAUUUGACGAGGUGUCGAUCGCCGUCGAGCACCUGAAAAAGGCCCUUGAGCUGUUGACUAACCCAUCUGCUGAUCCGUAGAGUUAGGCUUCUUGCCUGAUUGGAUUUCCUUGUUUUUUUCGUGAGUUUGUGGUUGUGUAAAUUUAUUGAAUUGUCACAGACGAACCUUUUGACACAGGUGUUACUGCUAACCUUUUGUUUGGUUGAGAUCUAAUUUCUUGUUAUUCGACUCUUUUAAACAGUUGAUGUCCGCCGCGAAAGCUUAAUCUGUCGCGAAAGCUUAAUACGUGAGAGAAGGAAAGUGCAAGUUAUUUUUAAGUUUGCUUUCCACUUUAGUUAUUAAAUAAAGUGGUUAGUGAGUUUUUUGGUAAUUAAUUAUCAUAAUUAUUUUAACCUUCGGAAGGGAACUGUCGUUUUCACUAUAAAAGUCUUCUGCAACCUAACUUCUCGUCCAACGUUCAUCUUCUUUUCCUCGUUUUUCCUUCUCCAAAAACACAAACACACACAGAAGUCACGAAAGGUGCUGCUUUCUGACUUUGAUUUGAGGGACUUCUGGAGGUGGUUUGCCUAAAUCCUACCAGCAACUAGGUAGUGGAGGCAAAUAAACACUCUAACUAGAGUGAUCAAAAUCACGCCUUCAAUCCGUUUUCUCUAUACGGUUUCUUUGACAUAAUCCAUUAGUUAAGAGCCGAUAUAAUUUCGGUAAGCAGAAACCAUCUCUUCCCAUUCCAACAAAAUAUAUAAAAUAACAACGACAAAUUAUACAGUCGGACAUCCACGGAAUCCUGUACUAGCCUCCGCGCAUAGCCACGAGUGACGAUGGAGUUUGUUCUUUUGCACAAUUUGAAUAUGUAGCAUGAAUAUAUGUGUGUGUAGUUCUAUAAUAAAACCAGCCGCCAGCCACUGUACUGAUUGCUCUUUUAUGUUAAUAAAUAAUAAUAAAAAUAAUAAUAAUAUAAUGAUCGUUCUAAGUGUUAGUAAAUGGUGUAAGAUUUAUAAUUCAAUUUCUUUCAAAUAAACGGAGUUGUUGGGACCAAUGCACUCAACAACUGCAAUUCUAAUUAGAAGUGUUUUGGCGAGAUAGAAACGUAAAAAUAAGUAAAAUAUGACUAUGCUUAAAGUAUGAUUUCACGUAGAAGCAUUUUGGUGAUUUUGAAAUGUAAAAUGUAAGCUUUUAAUCUUUAAUCCGCAAUUCUAACUAUAUUGGUUGGGACCAACUGAUUUUUAACAUGAUAUUAUAGUCUUUAUUGUUGUAGUGUAUUGUGUUUGAAACUUGACGAUCCUGUUUAUUAAGUAUAUGGUAUUAAGACCUCACAAACUUCUAGCUCAAACGCUAGAAACUGUUGUUGAGUUUGGCACAUUCAUCAUUCCAUUUUUUUAAGGGUUAAUGGCACAUUUGGUCACUGAGAUUACUAAAUCGUGUCAUUUUUAGUCACCAGAACAAUUUAAUAUCAAUUUUGGUUGCUCGAAUUACUAAAACCGGUCACAUUUAGUCACUCUCCCGUUAGUUUCCGUCCAACUCCAUUAAUGGAGUUGGACGGAAACUAACGGGAGAGUGACUAAAUGUGACCGUUUCAUUGAUUCAAGUGACUAAAUGUGACAUGUUUCAAUAAUUCGAGUGACCGAAUUUGGACAGAGGCUAUAGGAGAGUGACCAAAUGUGACCUGUUUCAGUAAUUCAAGUGACCAAAAUUGAUAUUAAAAUUUUUUAGUGACUAAACAUGACACGAUUUAGUAAUCUCAGUGACCAAAUGUGGCAUUUCCAUUUUUUUUUAAUUAUUGAUCAUGAGUUUGGGAUUUUGGCCAUAUCCUUUGGAAAUAAUAUAUUUUCUCAUGUUAAACAAAUUUUCUUUUUUUUAGGAAAGUUGACUAAUUGUGAAAAAUGAUCUAGUGAGUACAAUUUGGCGGCAUAUAUUAGGUUCUUCUAUACAUAUAAAAACUAGCAUAGGGCCCGGCCUAUUGGCCGGGUUUUGCUUUGAUAUGUUGGAUUAGUUUUAAGUAUGCAAUAUUUGCUAUUGAGGGCUAGGAGGGUCAUCAGCCCACACAUACAAAUGAAUAAUGAUCCACAGA